AAAGAAGAGCCAGGGAGAAGCCUCCCUGGCCAGAGAGUUUCUGCCUUCUUAGCUCCACCAGGAGCCCUUUUGACGCUACUUAAAGCCGCACUGAGGGGCUCAAAUGUUCCCCUGACUUUACCAGGAGGCUCAGUCCAACCCAUCUGCCAGCUCAGAUAACUCUCUGAUUGUUGGCAACCACAUGUUUGAGGUGACUGUAUGUGACUGUCGCUGCCUCCCAUUCUUGUGCAGCAGCCACCUCUUGCAACUCUUGCGAUCUGCAUCAUGCAGUGGAGACGGCGGCACUGUUGUCCUAUCAAGAUGACCUGGACCAUCAAACGUUCUAUCUUUCGGACCCACGUAGCUGGUCUGUUCUCUCUGGCUCUGCUUUUCACCUUCUUUUUAUUUUUUAGCCACCAGGACUGGCUGCCGGGACGCAGUGGGCUUCGCGAAAACCCGCUGACCUACACUGUCAGGGGUUUCCGCAAUCCCAAGGGAGAGGCCAACCAGAGCAGCUCCCUGAGGAGCCUGUGGAAGGAGGCAGGUUAUACAGCGCCAAAGCCUCUGCUUAACUUUAGCUCUCAGCAGGUGGAAGGAGCAGUGGGAGAGGCAGGAGGAGGGGGAGGCGGAGCCAGGAAGGGUGUGAUGAGACUUGGGGACUCUAUGAGUACUAAUAACAGUUUACAAAAGGAGAUGGAUGUAGGGGGGAAACUCAGUGCUCAGCCCUACCGCUACAUCCUGAACGAGCCCUUCAAGUGCAGGGAUAGCAGCCCUUUUCUCAUCCUCCUCAUAGCUGCAGAACCUGGACAAGCUGAUGCUCGCAACGCAAUUCGCCAGACAUGGGGAAAUGAGAGUUUAGCAAUGGGUUUGGGGUUUGUUCGACUUUUUCUGCUUGGUACAGGGAAGAGUUCAGAUGCCUUCCUUCAAAGAAGCAUAGAGGAAGAGAGCAGUGUUUACCAUGAUAUCAUUCAACAGGAUUAUCAGGACACUUACUACAACCUGACCAUCAAAACCCUCAUGGGCAUGAACUGGGUGGCUACCUAUUGUCCACAUGUCUCCUAUGUGAUGAAGACAGAUAGUGACAUGUUUGUCAAUACAGAGUAUCUCAUCCAGAAGCUGUUGAAACCCGAGCUGCCGCCCAAGCAGAAGUACUUCACUGGCUACCUGAUGAGGGGCUACGCACCAAACCGAAACAAGGACAGCAAAUGGUACAUGCCACCGGAAGUUUAUCCAAGCGAGCGCUACCCAAUAUUCUGCUCAGGCACAGGGUACGUGCUCUCAGGCGACAUGGCCGAUUUGAUCUAUCAGGCCUCUCUCAGCAUACGCAGGCUGCACCUGGAGGAUGUUUAUGUGGGGAUUUGCCUGGCAAAGCUUCGUAUUGACCCGAUGCCCCCACCCAAUGAGUUCCUCUUCAACCAUUGGCGUGUCUCUUACUCCAGUUGUAAGUACAGCCACCUGAUCACAUCCCAUCAGUUCCACCCCAAUGAACUCAUCAAGUACUGGAACCACUUACAGAGCAACAAGCACAAUGCCUGUAUUAAUGUGAUCAAGGAGAAGAAUAGCAGAUACAGACACCGAAGGUUCCACGGAGAGAGGCCUUCAUGAUGGAUCCUGUAACUGCAAACAACCUCAAAAACAAAAGAAAGAGAAAUAAAAGGGAUGAUUGGUGCUUGGGAACUGUCAUUGGUGGAGGAGAUUCUGAACUUGGCACUAUACACUAUCUGGGGAAAAGCACAUUGUUUUUGUUAUUGUGUAGAGUUGAUAAGCCAAACUAUUUUUUUAAUUUUAAAAAGGUAUUGUAAACCUGUUGAGCUAUUUCUAAAAGGGGACGUGGGGAACAUGACUGUGUGCAUGCACAAGCAAAGCUGCAGCUAGACGGUGGUGUUAAUGAUAAUUCAGGUGCCAACUAAAAGGUGGUAAAUCACAUUCUCAAGGGUAGUGCAGUAUGUUACACUCUACAGAUAUAAAAAAAAGAAAAAAAAAAUAAGGACACAGUUGUGUUUACACAGACAAAGGGAAAUGUAAAUGUAUUAUGUUAAAAAUAAAAAAAAAAACUACCUAAAUAAGAAUGAAUGAUAUGAAUCUCUGACGUUGACCAGUUAUGCUGCCCUGUUUCUCAGUGGUUACAAAUCUAUCAACUCCUCUAAAGAGUUGUUUAUCUGUCAUAUACUCUAUUUUGUUUUUAAAGAAUCAUCACGAAAGCACCGAGAAUCACAUCAGAGAUGACUCAGAUUGUAUUUUCUAAAGCUUACAUUGAGUAUGAUCGCACUUGAGUAAAUGUGCAAUGAAUCAAUAAAAAAAUAAAUAUACUGAAA